CUUCUUUUUGUUAUGUAGACAAGUUACUAAUUUUAUAACUCGGUAUAGUUAGUUUAUACGUAUCUUUCGUCGUUCAUAACAGAGAACCCAACCCGUCAGGCCUACCUAGCAACACUAUACCCCCCAAUAUUUUAUAAUCCGCACUUUAGCUAUUUCUAUCCUCCCAAACAUUCCUACUCAUUAUAGAAGAUAUUAAAAGUAUGAGCUCUUUGACAAAAUUAUUCGUUGAAAAAGCGAUUGCAAGUAAUCCAGUUACUGUUUUCAGCAAAUCUUAUUGUCCGUACUGUUCAGCAGCAAAGAAGACAUUGACUGACUAUACCGCUCCUUUCAAAUCUUAUGAAUUAGACCAAUUGGACUCUGGAUCUGAAAUACAAGCAUACCUUAUGGAAAAAACGGGACAAGGAACUGUCCCUAGCAUCUUUUUUAAAAACGAGUUUAUUGGAGGAAAUUCGGAUCUUACUAAACUUCGUAACAACGGGAAAUUAUCGACCAUGCUUGCUAAAUUACAGGGAACCUCAAUCUAGCCUUGCAACAGCAAUAAUGACAGAUAAUCCCAUGGGAUUUGUGUGUAUAUUUAGAAGAUUCAUUUUAUUAUUAUUUCAAUCUAGAAUCUCUAUAUGUUUAAUGUCAUGCAUUCCCCUAGACUAUGUAAACCCAUAUCGUUGUCGAUAUUCUUUACAUCUCAGUAGUCAAUUCAAAUUCAUACAUACUAUUACA